AUGUGUGUUUUGUUUUUUUCCGUCCUUUGUUUUUUAAUUUUAGUUUAUUUAAAAUGGAGCAAGAGGAGUGCACGGAGUUUAUUAUUUUGCAGGAUCAAGCGACUCUUCUGGAGACCUUGAUGAAAAACGUAUCAAUUUUGAAACAUGAAGCCCCUCAGGUCACGCUCAUCGACGCCGAGCUGGAGAUUCAUCUCGUGACGUUCAAGGAAAUUUCCAACAAUUUAUCAAUUAAACUCGGAGCAUUAAACAAAUUAUCAGAGCGGUUGGAUCCUGAGAGGAAGAAAGAUGUCCUCGGGUUUGUCGAGAAGAUCCAAGAGUCUUGGAAGAAGACAGUGAAAGAGAUCACAGAUGAGCACUUGAAUCUAUCAGUAGUAAGCAGAUCAGCCUAUGGCCACCCUCUGACAUCAAUCCUAUCGGAGAUAAAACGAGAAACCUCAGCAAUUCAGGUGUCCCUUCAAAUCGGCGAAAUGAUAUACGACAGCGAUUUCGUUCUCCAGGGAUUCCUCUACUGCACCGAGAUCUUCAAACUUCUGAAUGACAUGGAGGGCUGUGACAAGCGAAUCCAGCAGUACCUGGUGACACCAAAAGUCACUGCCUUCCUCCAGGGAUUGGAUACAACGGUGGAGGCCUUCUCCAAGAGCAACGAUCUCCUCCCACCGAAGGAACAACAAUUAGAGGUAUUCUCUAAAGUCUCGUCUCUCCUCACUGAAGAGCUCCUCGGCUGGAAACCAGACGAUCCUGACGCUAUCCUCAAGGACAGCAACCCCAAGAGGCCAGUCUUCAUCACAAAGAACACGAAACGAACGCAAGUGAAGAGACUAGCGAAUUUACCGCUCUUUAAUUCAGUUCAUAAAGAAAAAUCAACGAAUUGAAAAUCUCUUUGAAUUAAUUCCAGAGGUUCGAUGACUUCUUUAUCCCAAUUUUUACUCGUCAUUCUCCCUUAUUUAAUUAAUUUCUUUAAUUAACUUUAACUUAUCCAAUCAAUGACUUCCACCGAGUGAAUCCACUGUAAUAAAAUAGAUAAUUAGAUAAUCGUUAAUUAAAUUAUGACAGUAAUGAAGUAGAGCCAUAAAAAUGA